CUGAGAGCUUGGGAACUAAAUUUAAGGCAUUUUAAGUUAUCCGAUCCAUCGGAGGGUUAUCAGAUAGUUUAUUGGAAUUUUUAAGAUAUCUACAUAUGUAUGAGUGUGAGCUGAUGCCUGUUCUGGGUUAUGUAAGCGGAUUCGCCAAGAUGCUUUGAUGCAACCGUUUGAUGACAUUGAUUUAAGGCCGCUUGCGUGUGUUAUCCAUUUACUGCAAUGAUUAAACCGAUUUAAGCAAUUAUUAAUGUGCCAAUUACAUGUGUACAGAUAGCGAGUGUCUCCAUACAUAUGUACCUGUGGAGGCGUAACUGCUGCGCAGUUUGUGAGGCACGCACUCAGCCCCAAAAAUACGAAACAGCUACGUACAUAUAUUAGCAACAAUAACAGACUUUAAGAAUAAACGUGUGAAUGCACGAAACCGGUUGAGCCAUCCCAUUCUCGCCCAAAAAGCGGUUCAGCUGAGAAUCUCGCCAAACACCGAGACGUUUCGUGAACCUUAUCAAUAACUUGCGGGGGCUAGCCAGUGGAAAGUGUUCGGAUCCCUGAUCCCUGAUAAGCCACGGCGAUCGAUUGAUACCAGUAGAGCAAACUCUCACAAGAUACCACCAGUUUAUCAGAUCUCUAACCUAACCCUACUUAUCUGUCUUUACGCCACACCCACCUCUCACGCACUCCACAGAAAGUCUCCUCCGCCUUGAGCAAGCUCUUCGUGUACGGCGCCCUCAAGUACGGACAGCCCAGCAACUCAAUCCUGGCCAGCUCUGGCAACGGCUUCGCUAAGUUCUGGUGCAAGGCGACCACCACCCAAAAGCUGCCGCUAGUGAUCGCCACCCGCUACAACAUUCCCUUCCUGCUGAACAAGCCCGGAGUGGGAUAUUACGUAACAGGGGAGAUCUACGAGGUGGACGAUCGAAUGCUGAAUUCCCUGGACAACCUGGAGGAUUGCGAGGAGAUCUACACUCGCGAGAUGCACGAUAUGAACAUUGGCGUUGGAGAAGGAACCGUUCCAUGCUGGGUGUACCUGCUGCAGAAGUACCCGGAGAACCUACUUAGUCUGCGCUACUUGUCCAGCUACGAGAACUCAACCACCCAUCCAUACAUUAUGCGCCAUCGCCGCACCCACAAGCAUCCGGCCCAGGACGACCUCACCUACGAGGCCCAGAACUAAUAACGUGGGUUGUGGUGUCGCCCGUUUGUUUGGAUGUUCUCUGGAUAGCCUGGCCACUAAUCUUAUGUUACCGUAGUUGCAUUUUAAGACCGUACUUGCAGACGCAGAUGUACUGAUCGAUAUAUACCCGUAUAUAUGGGCAAACGAUAUAAACUGAUACAUAUGUACCAUACGCAUUAUUUAGGUUUUAGCAAACGUAGUCUGUAAUUUGAUAGUUUUCGACAAACAAAGCAAAUAAACUGAAGCAAUUUAAAAUAAAAU